CCAAUUAAGAAUAGAGUUGCAGUAAAAUUAAUUUACAAAAAUGUUGUAUCAAAUUUUCUUUGUGUUUUUUGUAAGUGUAACCGCUGAGAGUAAAAUAGAGAAUUUUGUUCAUAGAUACGCAUAUGACUAUGAUCUAUACGAAAGUGUUUUGGAUCCAGAAUUGUGUCAACAACACUUGCGUGAAAUGAAUACUUAUGAAUUCUAUGACGCCAGCUUCAGAUUCCCACAAAAUUUGCUCCGAGGCAACGUUUACGGCCUCGGUAACUAUCGCCAAUGCCUCGCCAUAAACCAGCCUCAGGCUGGAGGCAUCCGCGGCAAGUACUGCAUGAUCCAGACGCGUAGCCUGCAGAUUCCUAUUUUGGCUGGAAGCAAUGUUUCUUGGGCUGAGGUAGAAAAUGUUUGGAGUGAGGAAAACUUGAGGAAGUAUGAAGCGACGCGAGAAGAAUUUGCUUUAUUCGACGAAGACAUUUCUAGAACUUCAGUCGUUGAUAUAAUCAACGGGGCUCCACCGUUGACACUCGCUGUCUGUAUACCGCGGUCCUGCAGGGUAUCCGAUGUCUUGGACGGUUUAAGCAAUUAUGUGGAGUUCAACUACAGUGAACAGUUCUGUCGUCUACCAGAUGACAAGCCUCACUCCGGGGCUGAUAUUACUACUAUUGUGAUAUUUUCUAUCAUCGGAUGCUUGACUUUGGCAAGCACGGCAUAUGAGCUGCACCACAUAUUUAUAAAGAAAGCCACCACAAAACCUGAUGAGUUACGAAGCUGUUUCUCCGUAUACGGCAACACAGACCGCCUGCUGACGCUCGCAAGCAAGCCUGGCGCGCUCGAUUGCCUCGACGGCGUCCGGACCCUCUCCAUACUCUGGGUCAUCACGGGACAUUCCCUCCUUGUGCAUUUCGGGACGUAUCUCAGCAACAUUCUUGAUUAUGCUGAAUGGUCAGAAAAUUUAAGAGCAGCUUACCUUUUGGCAGCAGACUUCAGCGUUGACUCGUUUUUUGUGCUCAGUGGUCUUCUGCUGGUCUACACAGCUGCCAGAAAAAUGAAGCCUAUGCAACUAAUAAAGAACCUCCACCUGUUCUACCUCCACCGUCUCCUGCGCAUGUUUCCGCUGCUGGCAGCCGCAGUGCUGCUCCAAGCGUCACUGUUCCACCAGGUGACCGACGGGGUGCGAUGGAACCGCGUCGCGUGGGAGACGCAGAAGUGCCGCGACCAUUGGUGGUCCGCGCUGCUGCAUGUGCAGAAUAUUGUCAAUCCUCGAGGAAUCUGCCUGUCGCACUCGUGGUACCUGUCAGUUGACGUGCAGCUUCACAUCCUGUCGCCGCUGGUGCUGUUCUGGGUCCUGGGCAGACGGCGCUCCGCCUGGGCCGGGCUGGCUGCCGCUGUCCUGGGGUCCCUCACCUUCGUCAUUGUCUAUAGCUUCUUGAAGAACUUCUCUGGACAACAAGAUACUCAAUACACGGUAUACUUCUACCAGAACACUCUAGCACGGUCUCCGGCUUUCAUAAUCGGCAUGCUGACCGGAUACGUAUUACACGUCACUAGAAAUAAGAAGAUUGUGAUGCCUUGGUGGUCGGUGUGCCUAGGACACGCACUGGCUAUAGUUCUGUCAGGGUACUGUAUGUACCACGUGCACCCCGCAUGGAGUCAGUUGGCCAUCAACUUCAACACGGCUUUGGUCCGGCCUGCUUGGGCUGUUGCGCUUUGUUGGCUCAUUGUCGCUUGUGUUAAUGGAUAUGCAGGUCCGAUAAAUUGGUUCCUCUCGCUCAACCUGUGGAAGUUCGUCGCCCGAAUCUCAUACGCCAUGUACAUCUUCCACUACCCCAUGCAGUUCAUCAUGGUGGGCGCCAACAUAAUGCCCGUCUACUUCCACUUCGAGACUGUGUUCAUAUACCUUGCGAGCGACGUCGCGUACGCUGUGAUCGUAGCGAUAGCUAUGUGCGUGCUUGUGGAUGCGCCCUUCUCCACGCUCAUACGGAGGCUGAUGGCUGUAAUCGCACCUACGCCUCCGAAAAAGCUUAAAGAACCGGAAACAGAUAAGAAUGUUCCAGAAGCAAGAAUGGACGAAACGUCAAAACGUGCCAGCCAAUCAGCGACUUAAAUAGGAUUUUAUAACAUUAAAUAAAUGUCAUAUUAUAAAGAAAAAGUGACCAGCAAGGCCUCCAAGUGUUCCGAGCUGGAAUCGAACCAGCGUACUCCGUUUACCAGACGGUAAAUUAUUAAUGUUUAUAACAUAAUGUGUGACAACUUAAAAAAUACAAGUUAAAAUAUUUUCUAUGAAAAUAAUUUAAUUUGUUCUUAGAGGAUUUUAUAACACCUUGAAACUUCACGUUUUGUAAUGGCGCAAGACCGCAAGUGUGGUCGUGCCAGGAAGUACCUAUUUAGCACAACCACGGCCCCUAUCUAUGUCGAAACUCCGAAACCAUAUACAUUUUUUUUAACGUAUUAAGUACAAAAAAGUACAUGUUUUUUUGUGAAUUUGUACCGCAACAGAAUUAAUAAAAUCAUCCGUGGUUGUGCUGUAUAGUCAC